AUGAACGGCUACAGGGGGGAUCCUGUAGAAGUUUUAAAGUGCAGCAAGUACAACUGUAAAAACAUUGAUAUACUCAAGGAAGAACAUAUAGCGAAUAUACUACUAAAAGAUGGAAUAAAUUAUAUUGAAAAUGAGAAGAAUGAAAUAAUAAAAAAUGACACAUAUGUAAAUACAUUACUGUUCGAAUAUCUAAAUGUAGAUGCUACAAAAAAGGACAAAGUAAAAUGUCUACAGUUAUUGAAAAGUGAAUAUCUUAGUAAGAAAGAAAAACACUAUUCACAGGUUAAUGAAUCGAAUAUACGUAGCAGCAUGAUCAUAACUGGCAGAGAGAGUGUUUAUGACAACAGGGUUAAGCAGCAUUCUUCCAUUAAGAAUAGGAAUGGUAGCUGUAAAAAAAAAGGGAAAAGAAAAGAUAAGAAAAAAGAGGAGAAGGAGAAAGAGAAGGAAAAACAAAAAGAAUGGAGCAGAUUAAACGUAUGCACUAGGAAUUACUAUACAAGUGAUGGAAAAAUAGUAGUAAUCACUAAAAAAAAAAUACGCAAAAUAGGAAAAAAGAAAGUACAGGUUAUAGAUUACAAAUCCAGGGACAAAACGACAAAAAUUAUAAGGAAUUAUAAUUGCAGAAAUUGCACGGACUCCUGCAAAAGUAACAUGUUCCUCUGUGUACGGACAAAAGUGCAUGAUAAGGAGCAAUUGAGUAAUACGCCAAAAGAGUACAAUGACCAUCGAAGGCGCUUCUUAACCUUUUUUGUGAAGAAAAAAAAAAAAAAAAAAAAAAAAGAUAUACAUACAGAUACAGAAGACACAGAAAAGGUAGGAAAGGUAAGAAGCAUUGAAAACAAAGUGGACAUAUCUACGGCGAAGCUAUCCAUUUUAAAAAAUAAAAUACUCUUAAAAAAAAAAAAGAAAAAGAACAUUUUCCCUAUGAAUCUAAUGAAUAAACAAUUUUUGAAACUCAUUUUUGAUGAAACUCCUCCCCUGGAUGAUUGUAUAUAUGGGAGAUUGAACCCUGAAAAGAAAAGCGAUCAGCUUUUUCAGAGUAAUAUACAUAAAAAAUUUUUUCAUGCACAGAAUGUAUCUAGGCCUUUUUAUACCACAAAUUGCAUGUCGUGUAUGGAUUAUGAAAGGCAUAAAAAGGAUGAAGAAAAUUUCAGCAAUGUUAGGGUGCAGUAUUACAAAAGGGAAACAGACGAUGAAUCGAAAGGUGUAGUUAAUGCAAUCUCUAGAGGAAGACAAAGCAGGAAAAAUGUAAUAGAUAUAAAGGAACAAAACAGUAAGAAUUUAAUGCGACAAAUAAGUGAAUAUAUAAGUAGCAGUGCACUUCAGCAGGAGGGGAAUAUGUGUCACAGUAUAAGUAAACAUCUAAGUAAAAAUCAAACAGUAGCCUCUCUUGAUGAAAACAUAAAGGAAACAGAAAUGGCAUUAAGAUUCUCUAAUUUGGGAGGAAAAAACGAAAAAGGACGAAGUGAAAAUAAUGAAUGGAAUAACCGGAAUGAAGAGAAUGGAUCGAAGAAAAAAGUCGUGGGCUCAUCAAGGGUAAGGAAGAGCAUUUCGUUUAAUAGCGAUUUAAAGGAGGAGCAGAUAAAUAUACACAAUUAUAUGUACAGCGGUUUUGAUUUUAAAAAUAUCUUGUGUUAUAAUAACAAUUUGAAAAGUGCAUUUUUCGAAAAUGCAAAAUGUGAAAAUUGUUCCACUAUUUUUGAUAAAUCAUAUGAAGAAAAGGUAGAAGACGGUGAACUACACGAUCUGAAAGGGGAAAUUACUUUAUCAAUGUCAAGCGAUGAUGUGGGUUAUGGAAAGAGGUUCAGAAAAGACGUAGGAAGGAGGAAGCACUAUCACAAUUCCCUGAGGAGGGAACGAACCCAAAAGGGCAAGAAGGGAAAAGCGCGAAAAUGGGGAGAAGCCCAAGAAGGGGAAAAACUGAAAAAAUUGGAAAAAUGUGAAACAUUGGAAAAAACGGUAAAUCUGGCAAAUAUGGCAAAUAUGACAAAUAUGGCAAAUAUGACAAAUAUGGCAAAUGUGGAAAAUAUGACAAAUAUGGCAAAUGUGGCAAAUGUGGAAAAUAUGGCAAAUGUGGAAAAUAUGGCAAAUAUGGCAAAUGUGGAAAAUAUUCCCGAUGGGGAUGCAAAAAAUAGGAAUAUGGAAAAUGGCUACAUGAAGUAUAUUUACAAUAUGGGGGGGAAUAGGCCGUAUAAAAUAGGGCAGGAUAAUUAUGGUCCAUUCGACAAAAAUAAACAAGGAGCUGGGGAUGAGGAGAAGGGUGAAUGGGAGGAAGAAGAAGAAGAGAUAGUGUCAGAUGGGGAGAAAACGAAGAAAAAUACAAGGACGAGGAUAAGGGGACACAGUGCAAAGAGCAUAUUCCGUAAGUACGAAGAGCAGACUAGCAGUUUAGUUAAAGGGAGGAGAAGAAAAAAUGAACAUGUUCAUAAAAAUGUGUAUGGAUUUGGGGAAACGUUAAAAUUUAUGAAAUAUCGUGAAUUGUUAAGAAAAUACAUGGGAACUUUUUAUAAUUACAGCUCCUUAAAGUGCGCUAGUUACAUUAUUCUGUACGCAUUAAUAGUAAAAAUAAUUACUCAGAUAUCGAAAAAUUUAACGGUUUCUAAUAUUUCCAAUGAACAAGGGAAUGUUUUAACAAUAGCAAGUCAUACAAAUGCAAAUUUAUUUUUAAAUAUAAAUGACAUUGAUGGAAUCAUACAGUCUCUAUGUUAUUUUGUUCUUAUAAUAUGCAUUAUAUUAUUAAUAAAACUUGGAAUACCAUCGAAUUAUUUAUUAGCUGGUAGAUUAACUAUAUUAUUCAUGUUUUUAUUUAUUGUCCAAAUACCUAUAAUGAUAUAUGCAAAUUUUAUGUAUUUGAAAAAAGAAGAAGGAGGUGAAGUAAAAAACUCAAAAUUAUAUGAAAAGAAGGAUUAUUUUAAUUUACAGUUACAAAAAGUAUAUGAUAUAUUUUUUAUGGACACAGUAAACUUAAUAAUAUAUACUAUUUGUAUUAUGUUAGUAUCUAUAUAUGCUACUUACCAUAAAUUAAUUUACCCUCAUUUGUUGAAAUUUUAUUUAGACACCUUUUUUUUAAAUUCAUAUUCUAUAGUAAAAAAGGAAAUGAUUCAUUUUAGAGUACCAAAUAAUAUUGAUGCAUAUUAUUUGAACAAAAUGAAUAGUUACUUGUUCAAUACAUUAUAUAAACAACAAGAUCAACCAUCGAAGGAAGAUUUAGAGAGUACCACGAGAAGUGCCAUUGGAUAUAAUAUUGUUAUUAAGAGAGAGAAAUCUCCUCUUUUGAUGAAAUUCUUUAGCAAAAAAAUGUCCAACUCCAUUUUUAGAAAAAAAGGAGAAAAAAAAAAAAAAAAUUUUAACUUUUACAUUAUUUUUUAUAUAGGAGAGUUAGACAACAAAGGGAGACCCCAUGGUUUUGGUUAUUGGAGAGGUAUUAACCUCGAAGGAGAGGUUUUAAUUGGUUACUGGUUUCAUGGAAUUCCUGUCGGUCCUUUCAAGUGUCGAGAUUUCAAAACUGGUUCUGGAUUUAUGUGCAUAAAGAUAGGAUACGGAAAGACCAACUGCGAGCCGAACGACCUGGAAAUAGGCCUAGCCGACACAGAGUGCUGUGUGAGUGGCGCCUUUUACAGGACUUUUCCCAGAGUUGUAUUCUACGACCUUAAUUUGACUAACGGAAAUAUGAACCAUAAAAAGUGCGAUGAAAAACAUGGAAUAAGAGAAAAGAGAGAGUGUUGUGAAUAUCUGAUUGUUAAUAAAGCUAGUAAUGACAUUUUAAGAGUCAAUUAUACAAAACUUUUAGAAGAUAGUGAUUCGGAUGAUUAUAAUGAAGACGAUGGUAAUAAUACAUAUUUUGAAAAAAAAUUAGAUAGUUCGAUUAAUAAAGAAAAAGGUAUUAAAAGUAAUAAUAUAAAUCCUAGUUCCUUCACAUCUAAUGAAAAAAUACAAACAUCUCUUUUGAACAAUGAAUCAUUAAUAAAAGGAGAACUGUUAAACUAUGAUGAUAUAUAUAAUUUAAGCUACGAUUUUAAUGAUUUUUCCUUAGAAAAUGAAAUACAGUUUGCAUUAAACAAAAAUGUAGAGAGAAGAAAUGAAGGAAUAAGUUGUGUCUUUGGAACGGAUGCAAGAGAAACUUCUUCCGGUUUUUAUAACCCUGUGGUAGAGUUUGCUCUCCGUGGACAGGGUAAUACUAAUAGUGAUCAUGUAAGUGGUGGCAAUGCCAGCAGUGAUGGCAGCGGGAAAGGCAGCGGGAACGUCAACACACGCGUAGAAGAUACGACGGAGUCCCGGUUUGAUAAAGGAGUACGUAAUAAAGUCGUUAAAGGAAAAGGCGUGAUACAUAAUUGCACAGAGAAUGACCUAGAUACUCACAGGAAUAGUAUAAAAUCGGAAAAGGGAAAACAUGAUAGCAAAGUGGAGCAUGUGAAUAAUAUCAAUAGUGCCAAUAAUAUCAAUAGUGCCAGUAGUGCCAAUCAUGUGAAUGUCAACGAAAAAGAGAAUCAACAAAGGGGGAUUUCAGAGAAUCUACUAGAGAGUAGAGAAGAACAAGCCAUUUUAUCUUCGAAAAAUAGAAAAACAGACACAUACAAGAGUGAUAAACCAGUAGACAAAGAACAAGACAAACUUGUGCAGUUACUAUCAAGCAAAAGUCACGAAUACGCUUGUGGGAGGUUUGAAAAUAUUUACAUAGAACCGAAAGAAAUAAAUAGAGUAGUUGAAAUAAAUCAUGGAUCGGUAAACAGAAGUCAUCACUUGAUUGCAGAAAAGGGGAGAGAAGAUGAAAAUUGCUCUGAGAUAUAUCCGGGGAUGGAACGGAAAACGAAAGGGCGUGAGGAGGCCCCAGAAAGGGGGGCGCAAAAAUGCGAGGGGAAAAAUAAAAGAAAUGUUGUGAUACCAAGCCGAUUUAACAUGAGAAAUAAUAAGCAAUGCAUGGGAGAAGAGGCGAAGGGUGAUAAUGUACUCACAGAGGAAAGCAUUUGCAGGAAUAGUAACCAUAAAAGGGAUGAGGGCGCAGAAGGGGCUGAACGAGGUGAAGGGGCGAUUGCUGAAAGGCAUAGCGGCAUGAAUGGCGGCAUGAAUAGAAGUGUAAAUAGAAGCGUAAAUGGCAGCGUAAAUGUCAGCGUAAAUGGCAGCGGCAGUAAGGGGUUCAGGGACCCGUUGGUGGAGGGGAAGAAUACAAUGGUGAUAAAUACAAACAAGUGUGAGGGUGAAGGUGUAGAUGCAGAUGCAGAUGCAGAUGAAAAUGAAAAUGAGGAAGAAAGGAAAGGAGAGCAGGAGAAUGAAAAAAAGAGAAAAAUAAAGAGACACAUAGGCUACAGUAUGACAGGAACUCUAUUACAUUUAAAUAGACUCAAAAAUUUAAGGAUGAGAAAAAAAAAAAAAAAAAGAAAUCCAAGUAAAAGAACAUUUCUGCCAAAAGCUUUAUCAGGAACAUUACCAAAAUUAAAGAUAAAAAAAAACAGGAAAAAAUUACUAUUUUCAGAUACGAUAACAAAUGUAUAUAAAUCAAAAUGCAUGAAUAUUAUUCUUCAAAAUUUAUGUCCGCAUAUGCCAAAUUUUGGAAUAAUAUAUAACACAGAUCUUCAUAUAUCAAUUGAUGCAGAGAGGGGGUUAUAUAUAACAGGGUAUAUAAAUAAGAAAAAUUAUAAUUUGUUUGGAAAUAAAUGUAGAAAAAAUGAUUUUGAAGAUAGUGAAGUCAAAAUAAAAAUUAUAAAAAAAAAAAAAAACACUUUUAACAAAAAAAAAGGGGUAGAUAAACGUUUAUAUUCAUGGAUUGAUAAUAUAAAAGAAUUGAGUUUAGAUGGUUGGGUUAAAUGUGAAUUAGCAGGCUGUUUAGAAGCAGUAAUUUUUAUACAUGGUUAUAACACAAGUCAUUUGGAGGCUCUGCAAAUUUUAGGACAAAUGGCAUCUUUUGGUAAUUUCCCGAAUUAUAUUAAGCUGUUUUUAUUUAAUUGGCCAUCAGGAAAUAACAUUUUAGAAUUCUUCAUUGCAAAGGAUAAUUCCAAAAAUAAGAAAGUGCACCAAGCGUUUAAAUCUUUUCUCGACACACUCAGGAACAACGGUAUAAGGCAAAUACACAUAAUAACACAUAGCAUGGGGACGAGGAUGUUUCUGCUUGCCUUCCAUGACAUAGUAAAGAGCGAAUUGUUUUCAACUAUUGAUGAAGAAGAGUGUGGAAUGGGAAAGAAUAAUAUGAUGAAAAUGAAGUUAAUAACAAUAACUAUGAUGAAUCCCGAGUAUUACCUAAGCGAUUUUGUUAACAAGGAAUAUGUAUUCCUUCGGUCUUUUUGUACUGUUAUUUCAAUAUAUUGUGAUUCGAAUGAUAAAGCAUUAAAAUGGGCAGAAAUAUUUAGUGGUACAAAAUCUCUAGGUAAGAAUAUAUUUGAUCUAAAUGUUUCUAAAGAUGAUGUUUAUCAUUCGAAGAAAUGCAAUGGUUUUGAAAAUUAUGUUUUUGAUAGUAAUAAACUGGACUACUACUCCAUUCCAGUGGAUAAUAGAGGAACAAAACGUGAAAUACCUAAGGAGCGCGAAUCAAGUGAAUUACAUGAGUCAAAUGAAGAAGGUAAUUCUCCCCUUGGUAAUUCGUCCAAAUUAGUAUCUUCCUUUUUUGACUGUGAAAAUUUUGAUAUUUCAAAUAAAAAAAUGAAAAAUAGAGAAUUUAUAACAAAGCUUGUGCAAAAAUUACGAAAAGUUAUUCAUUUUUUUUAUAAAAGAAAAAAAAAUAUGACCAUAAAUAAUAUCAAUGAACAACAGUCUAUAGAUAAUGACCAAUCCAUUUCCAACAAAGAAAAGACACAAAAUUUACUGCAUCAACCCCCUAUGUUCAGAAACACUUUAUUAGUCUUUACUGGCAUAGAACCAACGUACUGUUAUCGUGAUAAUAGAGAUUGGCUAGAUGUGGAUGUCAUUGAUACAACGUGGUUAGGAUCAAAUGUACAUACAUUAAGACAUUCCUACUGGUCUCUGAAUAGAGAAAUUAUUGAAGAUAUUCGAGAAUUAAUAGUUACAAGGAAAAGAGCACGGCAAAGAACAUCACGAUUAGACAGAAGAGAGGGAAAUGUAUGGGUAUAUAGAGUAGCCCCAUCUCACCUUAAGUCCAUAUUCGAUUCUAAUAUAUAA